GUUUACCCAACAUUGAGAACUGCUUAAGAAAGAAAUGAACAAACUGUGGUGAGAAUGGAGACAGCAGUGGAUGAGACUAUGGACCAGGUCACAUAUUAUAAUCCACUGUUUGACAUAUCGCUGAAUAGGAGUGAUCGCUACAACUUUCAGCAUGAUGAUCUAAAACCAGCCAGAUCCAGAAGACAGUGGAGUUUCAUUGUGAUAAUAAUUUAUGUCAUCUUACAUACAGCCCUUGAUGUCUUUCUCAUUUAUAAAGUUUUAAUGCUGGAUCUGUCACCAGCAAACCCUGCAUCACAGAAGAAAACCUCUGAUCAUAGCUUCCUGGGUGACAGUAACCUCGACCUCAACCUUCUCAUCCACAACAACAGCCGUGAAACCAAGAACCUAAAGAGCCAGCUAUUGGUUUUGCAAAAUCAGGUCAAGAGACUGUGUGGCGAGGAGGGUCAGCUACAAAGAUUAAGUGCUGAGCUGGACCUGCUCAAUACCAGCAACCACAACCUGGAAAACAAACUGACAACCAUUACACUCAAAACAGGCCCACCAGGUCCUGCAGGUACCAAAGGUUUACCCGGACAACAAGGUCCGAAAGGAGAACGAGGGCCAAAAGGUGACAGUGGCCGUCCAGGUCUGAGAGGCGAAACAGGACUCAAAGGAGGGAAAGGGGAGCCCGGGGCUGCUGGUGAAGUUGGUCCAAGAGGUCCAGCAGGGAAUCAAGGAACGCCAGGGAGAAAGGGGGAACAAGGGGAACCUGGAGCAAAAGGCCUUAGUGGAGAAAGAGGUGACUCUGGAAUGUCUGGAGAGAAAGGACAGGCUGGUAAACCUGGGCUUAAAGGAGAAAAAGGAGACCCUGGAAGUAUUGGUCCACAAGGACCCCCAGGUGCAAGAGGACCUACUGGAUUUAAUGGAACCCAGGGUCCACCUGGACUGCAAGGCUUAAAAGGAGAAAAGGGUGAAACAGGAAAACAUUUGAAUGUGCGUCUAGUGCCUGGAAAAAACAAAGGACGAGUGGAAGUCAUGUACAAUAAUGUCUGGGGCACCAUUUGUGAUGACAACUUUAGCACUUUAGAAGGGAGAGUCAUCUGUAAGAUGUUAGGUUUCAAGACCGUUGUUUCCACCUUCACUGCUACACCAGGUUCUGGUAAAAUAUGGUUGGAUGAGCUGCAGUGCACAGGAGCAGAGUCUGAUAUCUUUGACUGUCCACACACUCAAGUUGGUGUUCACAACUGUAAUCAUGAUGAGGAUGCAGGAGUGUACUGUAUGUAGAGACAGAAGAUUAACUGCAAAAGCCAAGUUAAUUGUCUCUUUAUUACAUUACACUGCAUCAUGUAUCAGGAUAUUUCAUAUUAUUUUCUUGUCAUGUCAGUUGAGUUAUACAUCUUUCAGCCAUAAGACUAGACACACCUUCUUAGUUGGAGUAGGUCUUAUACAUGAACAAUCUCCCCCAGGAAUUGGGGUUUCUUGAUAUCUGGGGUGUAUUUGGCAUUGAGCUAUGAGUUGCAAAUUUAAAAAAAUCUUGGAGGAUGAUAAGCAUGGCCUUCCCUAUAGCUACUCCCACUUUUACACCCCACAUUAUGUGACAUGGAACUACUGAAUGAUAUGGUUGAAAUCUGUAUUGUAAAAUACAAAUGGCAAGACUUUAUUAAAGUAUUUAAAAAAUA